AUGACAACAGCCACCCGACAAGAAGUUCUCAGUCUGUACUGCAGGAUUUUCAGGCCUGCGAGGAGGUGGCAUGCGGCAUCGGGGCAGAUGGAGGACACUAUCAGAGAAAAGCAGUACAUUAUAAAUGAAGCCAGAACGUUGUUCCAGAAAAACAAAAAUCUUACAGAUUCAGAACUAAUUAAACAAUGUAUAGAUGAAUGUACAGUAGGAAUUGAAAUCGGAUUGCAUUAUCAGAUCCCAUAUCCAAGGCCAACUCACCUGCCUCCAAUGGCCCUCACUCCCCUACAGAGUCGUGGACUUCAAACCCAGGAGAAGCUAAGGAAACUUUCCAAACCAUUAUAUCUCAAGUCUCACAGUGAAGUUUCUUAA